AUGGGCGCGGGGCUUGGUUCGUCGGCUGCGUUCUCCGUGUCGUUGUCGGGCGCGCUGCUGACGGCAGCAGGCGUGGUUCAUCCUGAAAGCGCCGUUGGCGGAACAGAGUGGCAAUUGUUGGGGAAGGAUCAUCUUGAGCUGGUUAACACGUGGGCGUUCCAGGGGGAAAAGAUCAUUCAUGGCAAGCCUUCUGGCAUUGACAACGCUGUCAGCACUUUUGGAAGCAUGAUCAAAUUCAAGAAGGGAGAAUUGACGAACCUCAAAUCCGGCAAUCCAGUCAAAAUGCUCAUUACUGAUACAAGGGUUGGUAGGAACACCAAGGCUCUGGUUGCUGGUGUGUCUGAAAGAGCAUCUAGGCACCCCGAUGCUAUGGCUUCCGUCUUCCAUGCAGUGAACACCAUUAGUGAAGAGCUUUCCAGCAUUGUCGAGUUAGCUGCUACUGAUGAGAUAGCCAUGACCUCAAAGGAAGAAAAGCUGGCAGAACUCAUGGAGAUGAACCAAGGGUUGCUCCAGUGCAUGGGAGUCAGCCAUUCUUCUAUAGAAACCGUGCUGCGCUCGACAUUGAAGUAUAACUUGGUCUCGAAGCUCACCGGAGCUGGUGGUGGAGGCUGUGUUUUGACGUUGAUACCAACUCUUUUGGAGAAGGUCACCACGGAGCUAGAAUCGCAUGGUUUCCGCUGCUUCAAAGUCGAGGUCGGUGGACAAGGUCUUCAGAUUCACCAAGGAUAA